AUGGCUUAUCAUCGGGCCACUGCUGGUUCAUACCAGCGCUGGGCAGAUUUGGUCGGUGAUCAAAGUUAUACAUACGACAAGGUCUUGCCGUACUUCAAGAAGUCCGCUACUAUCACACCCCCUGACCUCGCAAAACGCAAUGCGCCGAAUGCGACGGUGCGAUACAACGACUCAGCGUUUGACAACGCUCUCCAAGGCCCUCUCCAAGUAUCGUGGGCUAAUUGGGUUGAUCCAGCCCAGAGUUGGCUCGUAAGAGCAUUGCAAGCAGUCGGGCAGAAGCUGAGUGUCGAUGGUUUCAGCAGCGGUAGCUUGAACGGUGGAGCUUGGGUGCCCACAACCAUCGACCCAAAACAUGCGACAAGAAGUACUUCCAAAAGCAGCUAUCUUGAUGAAAAGGAAGGUAAAGGCAUGUUGCAACUGACCAUUUAUCUGCAUUCCCAAGCCAGCAGAGUGAUAUUUGACAAGGACAAGAACGCCAUCGGUGUAGCAAUGCUAUCAGAAGGAGACGAGUACACGAUAUCAGCAAGGAAAGAAGUCAUUCUUUCGGCUGGUGUGUUUCACUCUCCACAGCUUCUUAUGCUAUCUGGUGUUGGGCCUGCAGCAACUCUCUCGGAACACGCUAUACCAGUCGUAGCCGAUCUCCCCGGCGUAGGCCAAAAUCUUUGGGAUCAAAUCUUCUUCAAUGUGCUUCGCAGUAUUACCGUCCCAAGCACCGGAGCAUACCUCAUUACAGCCAUCCACCAGGCAAUAGCUCUCCAGCAGUAUUCAACAAAUGCCUCGGGUCCAUACAGCUCGGCUGGUGGUUAUCUCUCUUUCGAGAAAUUACCGCUGAACUAUCGUGCGAACUUCUCGUCUCGAACGGAGGCAGCUCUAUCAGAAUUUCCGUUUGACUGGCCGGAGAUAGAAUAUAUCGCGACUGGUUUCCCUAGCGGGAAUCCCGACUUCCCCACCAUCGGCGCGAUCAGCGGCACACUUCUUACACCAUCCUCGCGAGGUAAUGUAACGAUUCUUAGCGCAUCGAUUUUGGAUCAACCCAUCAUCGACUUGGGCUGGCUUACUGAUCCAGCAGAUGAAGAAGUCAUGGUCGCUGCAUUCAAGCGAGUGAGGGAAGCUUGGGACAGUCCUGCACUUGUUGGAAUAAUCGCCGGUCCAGAAAUCGCGCCCGGCACCAACAUCAAUACGAAUGCAGACAUCUUAGCUGUGGUGGACUCGCAGGCAAACGUUUUCGGUGUACAAGGGUUAAGAGUAGUUGAUAUUUCAGUAUUUCCUUUCAGUCUGCCUGGGCAUCCGCAGGCUUCAGUAUACAUGUUUGCGGAGAAGAUAGCGGACGAGAUCUCAAAAACAAGAGAAGCUUACUAG